AUGAGUUCACCAAUAAGAAGAAGAUCAGCUUUGACAAGCAAAAACGUUAAUGUUAGCUUAAGACCAAACAACCUUUUGACUAAGAACAACAGUAAUAGCAGUCUCGUAAGCAGCAAUUUAUCUAGAACACCAUCUGGUUCUCCAAUAAGACGUUCACAAACACCCAGCAUAAGACAAAGUCCUUUGAAAAAAAGAAUUUCAGGCACACCAUCUCCAAUUAAGAGAAUACAACAGGGUUUUACUUUUGCAUUCCAUGAAGAUGACUCUCCAACUCGUACAUCAGUUAUAAAAUCACAUAAGUCUCUACAACAAUCUGAAAAUAAUGAUGGUAAUAUAAAUAAAGAGAACGUAUCUCCUGAAAGAGCAAAUAUAAGGAGACUCCAAGAUAAAGAAAAUGGUAAAGUACGUUCAAUUGAACAAACUUCAAAAAACAUAACGCGUAGUGCUUUGAACAGAAUACCAUUAGAAGAAUUAAAAGCUUCAGAUUAUCCAGGAUACUUAGAGGACCCAACAACUCACGAUAUGCGUCCAUUAAAUAUAGCUUACAAUGUCAGCCAUAGUAGUAGCUCAGAUAGUUCAAAACAAAGUUCUCCUUCUAGAAUUCUUCGUUUUUAA